AUGGAGAGAGGGAGGAAGGGAAAGAGGGAGGUGUGGGGCUGCAGUUCUGCCAUGGUAGAUCUCUCAGGUUGGUUCUACUGUGCGAUCACAUUGAGAAUGUAUGUGGCAGGGGUUAGGUUAGUACUGCUAUAAUACAUGUAAGGGUUGUCAAAAGCCUGUUAAAGCUGUUCUGAAACAAAAACUUUGCCCAAAAUGAAUAUCAUGAAUGAAUGUCUGGGAAACGUGAUGCUUUUGACAGAAGUGUGCAUUAAGCAAAGAAUUAUUCAUGAUCCAAAGCUACUCGUUAAAAAUUGUCCAAUUACUGGCUAUUUUUCUCUGUGGUCUAUGACAGACAGAACUGUUAUUUUAGACAGGAGACUGUAUACAUAUUCCUUUGUCAAUGUCUAAGUGGCUCUUUAUUGCGUGCCUCCACUGUGAAUGGACCAAAGUGCAGAGGCAAGGUGUUGAAAAGCAGGAAACUGUGUGUGACAGUAACAGAGAGAUUGAGGGAUGAUGUCAGAGACAGUGAGAAGGAAGGAUGGAGGGAUGGAUAGUCACUUUAACUCUACCUACAUGUACAUAUUACCUCAAUUACCUCGACUAACCUGUAUAUAGCCUUGCUACUGUUAUUUUACUGCUGCUCUUUUAUUAUCUUUAAUCUAUUUUUGACUUAACACUUAUUUUUCUUAAAACUGCAUUGUUGGAUAAGGGCUUGCGAGUAAGCAUUUCACUGUAAGGUCUACACCUGUUGUAUUCGGCGCAUGUGACAAAUAAAAUUUGAUUUGAUUUGAUGGAUGAUGGGUGGGGGAGAGAGAAAAGGACACACCCCACAGACUGGCCAUGGGGGGAAUGAGCCUCUGCAGCUGACAUGCAAAUAUUUUGACACACACACACACAUGCUUAUGUAUGCAGUGUUCCAUAGUGACACACACACACACCAAUAUCCUUCUCUACUCUGAUGUUCAGGCUGAACAUGUGUGCAUUUGGCCCUCACUGACCCUGCCCAACACAUCUCCAGCUUUAAUCUCUCUCUAAUUAUACCUGGAUGGAGCACACACACACACACACACACACACACCACAGUGGAGAUGGGGGACAGAGGUAAUGCAUUUAUAGUGUGUGUGUGUAUGUGUGUGUGUGUGUGUGUGUGUGUGUGUGUGUGUGUGUGUGCGUGCUGUGGUGUUUGGUGGAGUAAACAGCUCUAAUGAAGGGAUGGAGUGCAUUAUACCCCAGACACCAAGCCUUAAUGACCUUACUGAUGCAGGCUCUCACCCAGACCAUCAGAGCAAUCCCUCUACAAACACUGGCUGGACAUCUAUAUCCACCCUACUGGCUUUUUCCUCUCACACUCGCUCACACACACACACACACACUCGCAUACACACACAGAAGAAUACACACAAACACACACGGACACAUGUACGAACACAAACAUACUGUACACACACAAUGCAGACAUGUACUAAUACGCUCGUACGUGUACACCUACACGUAUGCAUCAAAUGGAAUCUCAUUAUAUGAAGAAAGGAGGAAGAGUGUUUGUGUGGCACACAUGCACACCAACAUUGCACAGUAUAGUGUUUCUUUGUGUCAGCAUAUAUCAGUUGUGCCUAAACAGACAAAGGGACCAGACAAGGAUGCGAAAUGGGCUGUCAGCAAUGAGGAUCAGUCUGUAUUGAUCUCUCCACUAACCACCACACUACAACAACUACAGUCAAGACACCACAAUCACCACACUACUACCACCACACUACCACUACAGCCAAAGUACUACUACUGACCAGCCAUGUAUACACACCAGUAGUUUCUAUCUCUUUCUCUCUUUACAGAUAACUCUACUGUAACUCUCUCUCUCUCUCUCUCUCUCUCUCUCUCUCUCUCUCUCUCUCUCUCUCUCUCUCUCUCUCUCUCUCUCUCUCUCUCUCUCUCUCUCUCUCUCUCUCUCUCUCUCUCUCUCUCUCUCUCUCGCUCUCUCGCUCUCUCACUUUGUCUCACUGUCUCUCUCUCUUUGUCUCACCGUCUGUGUGAGAGCAUGUUGAGGCAGCAUUAGUCAGUGUAACGGCGAUGAUGAGGUGAUAAUGAUCAGUGUUAAAGCUAUAAAAGCUGUAGUGAAGUAGCUGUCCCAGCAGACUGUGAACGGUUAUGGCUGUCAUUACAACGCACAUACAUCUCUAACACCGCCAUCCUUAUAACACAGGAAGGCAGAUAGACAGGAGACAUGACACGGAUACAUCAGGACUGCGUGUGUGUGUGUAUUGUUGUGUGUGUCUAUUUCUGUGUGUUUGUUUUCAAGAGAGAGGGGGCGGACGAGUGAGAUGUGCUCUAAAGACGGUGUCAUCUUCAAUAAAGGCUGACAAGGUUCACAGGUUCACUAACUGUAUUACGCUAUUCUGCACCACUGCAGAUACUGUAUCAUUGUGUUUCACAGAACACAGCAGGCCAGUCAAGACCCCACUUGUUUAUUUAUGCUCUGGUUAUAUAAUUUGUGUUUGUUUGGUUUCUUUUCCAUAUAUUUUCUUAGAACGUGUAUAAUUGAUGACUUGAGUCAACGUAUUUUCAAGGGUUUCUUAAUAAAUAUUUUUUUGCGAUUGCAUUUUAUUGCCCCAAAGAAUGUAAAGUUCCAAUUGGUGGUUCUUACUAGAAAUGAUUUCCUUAAAGCAAUGUUAUGGAUUGACUAUAUUGAGUGUGUGGCAUUUUAGUCUUCCUCUCUGUGUGUUGUGGACAUGGGCAUUAUGGAAACAUGUCUUUAGUGGGAGUCUGCUUUCUCUCUCUCUCUCUCUCUCUCUCUCUCUCUCUCUCUCUCUCUCUCUCUCUCUCUCUCUCUCUCUCUCUCUCUCUCUCUCUCUCUCUCUCUCUCUCUCUCUCUCUCUCUCUCUCUCUCUGUGUCUCUUUCCGGCAGAUUUAACUGCAGGCGGUCAAAGUGAUUCUUCUAUUACUAACAGAUGAGAUUGUGUGGUUAUCGGUGGGAAAUGUCAGUGACCGCAUAGUAAAACAGAGAGAGAGCGAGAGAGAGAGAGAGAGAGAGAGAGAGAGACAGAGAGAGAGAAAAGGAGGGAGAGUUCAAGCUGUAUUGUGUCAUUAACCCAUCCUCCUCUAUGGCGCUGGGAUGGAAAUUCAAUUUUCUCCCUUCAAAGAAAGAGAUGACACCAUUUCAUGAAAAAAUCUACGACGGAGAGAAUGAAAGAAAGAGAGUAGAAGCCAAAGAGUUUCCAGUGAUGAAUAUAUACAUACAGGCCAGUACAGUGGCAUAGGGGAAAGCAACUGUGGACAUUGCAAUCCUCUCCUGUGACCCUAGUGGCAUCUCUAUAUGUGCCAACUAUUUUUUGUGUUCAUUGUGAUGCCAAAUGUAGGAGUGACAUGUACUGCAAUGCAUUGAUACUGUCACUGCGCUAUUGAAAACAUCUUCUGUCAGAAAAGGUUUUUGAUUGUCUUUGUUCUGCUUUUCAUCUUAUUUUAGGUUGGACAAAAAGACAUCAGAAAUCAAAUGAGAUGUGGUGGCAGACAGUUAAUCUGGUGUGCGGAGCACAGCAGAGCAGAGCAGGGCUUCUGAAGGAAGGGGCAGACAGACACCUCCGGGCUGACAACACACUAAUCUCUCCCGUCUCUGCCUGUCUUUCUUUCUCCCAUGUGUCAACACUAUCUGUCCCCCUGUAACUAUCAUUCAAUACAGGCCAUGUACACACACACACACACACACAUAUCGAGAGAGCAGUGCAUUUGAAAAACAUGUAUUCCAAAUUCAAGACAACUCCUCUUGGAACACGCUGUUUGCCUCUGGAAUGGAAAACAUGGAGGAAACUGGGAAACUGUUUAUUUGUAUCUGCUGUGUCUGUGGGGUGAGGAGUACAGAUAUGGACUGUAUAAGUCCCAGGCUGUGCCUCAUUCCAGAAACAUGUUCCCUCAUAUCUGCCGCAUGACUUCACUUAUUCAUUCCUAUUAAAUCUUCAAAUAAGAGUGAACAAGGGCAGAUGGAAGCAUUGAACUAUUGAAAUGAGACCCGGUCAGAAGGCCUUUCUGUUAGGGUUAUUUGUGUGUGGAUGACAAUGGAACAGCUGUGCAUAAUGUGGACAGCAGGGGCUAAACAGGGGAUGCAUAAUAUCAAUGUAUAUCAGUUCUGCAAGUUUGAGUGGUUUCAAAUGGAUAGUAGCUUUACCUCAAAGAAUGCACAUUACAUUUGCAAUUUUGCAUGUUGCAUACACACAAGCGCACACACACUCACACACACACACCCUAACAAGUACACACCCAAGCACACAAACAAAUAGGCUCUCUCUUAACCCCCCGCGGUGUCCUGAUUUAAAAAUAAAUGUAGCUCCAUGUAGCUCCACGUUCCCCAUUGCGAUAGUGAUGGAUAGCAGAUCACCUGCUGCUGGGAAGGCCUCCUCUCCGCUCUGGGUUCAGGGUGUAACUGCAGUGUAAGAUGGGGAAAGAUAGAGAUGGGGGGCUGGGGAACCACACACUCCUCUCCUCCAUCAUCUGGUUUACCGCUCAGCAGCACACUGACUCCUUGUUCUACUGAAUAAUGAAACAGUCUCUCUCUCUCUGUCCCUCUCUCUCUUUUGUCUAUUUUUCUCUCUUACAGCCGGAGAUUGCUUCGCGUUCCCCCUCCCCCUUCUCCCCCACUUCCUCCCACUCUCCGGCUCGUUGUUUACGAGGGAGGACAUUUUCCGGGCCUUGUUUUGGCCUCAUACUUAAUUCAUCAGUUGCUAUUUGCAUUGCGCAGGAUGUUCUGGAGGCUGUAGGUCCGGCAGGGUUCAGCCAGCAACUGUAACUCUAAAUUAACCAACUGCUCUGUAGCCUGAUGUGGUGACCCAGCCCAUACGUGAAAAAAAUUAUUUCAAUAUAUUUAACGUCACAUAAAAUGUAUUUCAAAUACAUGUAGAUACUUUUGCAUCUUUGCUCAAAUGCAUGUAAUGCCUGACAAUAUUCCAGAAAUGCAUGGCCAUGACAUCUAGGGCUCAAUUUUAACAAACCUAACGCAAAGGUAAAUCUAAGCGCAGGCGGUAGCUUUAUAGGUUCAGGGGUGUGUCAGAAAUAUUUGGUUGCCUCAAGUUGUGUCUUUUAUGUAUUGCCUUCAAAUCAACUCCAAUUCCGAUGUUAGUCUUGGAAGGUAGCUGAAGUCGUAAGCUGUUGUCGCUUCCUGAACAAGUGUUUUGGCUACCAAGUUGUCAUGUUUUGCUGCGCGUUUCUGAUUUAGUUCCUGGCUCUUGGAAAUGAACUCCACCUAUCACAUGCGACUGAAGUGUCAGUCAACAACACGGAGAACAAAUUGUGCCUCUACGCCAAUUUGAUGGUCAACUUCUCAGUCACAUAUGAAGGUGGUGUGAAUAAGAGUGAAACUAUUAUUUUUGUACUGCCUGAAAAUGUGACAACCGAAGGGAGCACCUGUGAUAACACAACAUCGACAUUGAAACUCAGUUUUGGAGACGGACACAGCUGCGCUGUUAAAUUCACUAAGGAGAACAAAACCUACCAAGUAGAUACCAUUGUUUUCUCCUACAAUCUCAACGACACAAGCGUCUUCCCCAACUCUACUUCAAACGAAACCAAGUCUGUGACGGUAAAACCAAUGAUCGCCAACGUGGGUGUGGACACCUACUACUCCUGCAAGAGUGAAGAUGUCCUGAAAGUAGAGUCUGUCACUCAGACACUGUAUGAUGUUGCUCUACAGGCGUUUGUAAUUAACGGCAGCAAAAGUGACACCGACACCGUAUGCUCCGUUGACAUGCCCUCCAACACUGUGGCGCCCACCACCACCACCAGCGUUACCACCACAGCUGCCCCCACUUCUACCCCUACACUGCCCACACCCACUACUGGAAAGUACAGCAUCGCUCCCGACGUCAACAGCACAGCCUGCCUGAUGGCCACAUUUGGCCUGCAGAUCGGCUACAAGCAAGGAGACAAAGUGGAGAUCAUCAACCUGAUGCCCAAUAUUACUAAAGUGGGCGGAGGCAGUAGGGCCAACUGCAGCGAUCUCAUACUGACAUCGGAUACAAUCACCAUCACGUUCACUUUCAGCAACGACGGCAAGAAGUUCCACCUGCACGCUCUGAACGUCACAGUGAAACCAGCCACUGGGGGCGCCCGUCGUUGCAUCCAAUACCAACAUGUCCAUUUGGGUGACGGCGGUAGGCAGCUCCUACAAGGAGCAGACCUUAAACGUCACCGACACGCUCACUCUCUACACUUUCGAGCUUCGCGUCCAGCACUUCGAAAUCAACAAAGGCAAAUUCGCUUUAGCCCAUCAAUGUUCACUAGAUGACACCAGCAUCUUAAUCCCAAUCAUUGUUGGUGCCGCCCUGGCCGGUUUGAUUCUCAUUGUAGUGAUUGCUUACGUGAUUGGUUGUAGGAAGACCUAUGUGGGAUAUCAGACCCUCUAA